GCUGUCAAGUGCUUUUAGACAUUGCCCAUAUUGAUAUGAGUGGAAGCAGAAAUAUUUAGAGACAUUUUAAGCCAGAAAUAUCUGUAAAAUGUCUGUUUUAUUGUUACUAAUACUGGAUAAUUAGAUUGUUUUUCUUGGCAUUUUCAAGAGGACAUUGGAUUAUGUUCAGUCACUGAAGUGGAAAAAAAUUAAAGCUCUUUUAGGAGGAAAAAACCCUAACAUUUCUUGCUGAAGAAAAAUUUCUGUAUUAAGCAACCAUUGUACAACUGAAAAAUAAGUAUAACUGAACAUACUUGUAUAAAAGCAUGAAUAGAAAACACAGUAAUUUACCUGUAGGUAAAACAUAUUUAAAAGUUGCUUGACUGUUGCUGUAUAUUUAAACAGUCACCUGUGACAAGGAAACAAAGAUGCCUGUUGACACAAGGAUUGCUUCAGAAGGCUAAACACAAAUCAGGGAAGCAGUUGUAAAAUUGACUUCUGCAAAUACUUAUGGUGCCCUUGAGUACGACGAAUUGUAACCAACCGUGUUUGUAUGUAAGCAGUAUCACCUUAACAACACUGUGGUUGGUAGCAGUGGCUUUCAAGGUCUAAUCUAUAGGCAGUAAAUUCUGGUGGCUAGAGACCUCUUGUUUCUGUGCUAGUGCAACUUAAUUUUCUAGCAAUUUGUAUGCACACUAGAACUGAAUUUUAAAUACAGAGAUAAGGUUAAUAGGUGCUGGUUUUUUAAUGUCAUUACUAUAUUUUCCAGAGUUAUUUUGGCAUUGCUACUGAAAGGAAAAAAACAAGUGCAAACAAAAGGUUGGGGAGAGUACAAAAUUAUGAAUGUAGAAGCUUUCCCCAUGGAUUAGGGCUUGUUCCUGAAAUACAGUGCUUGAUGCUUAGAUAGAAUAGUACAAUGUUUAGAGCCGGAAGAAAGCGACUUUGGAAACAAAGCAUUGGCAGAGUGAUAAAGCAAAAGCUCAAGGAUGAGAGGGAGGCUAAAAGUGCUCAUCUGGAUGGCAGACAUGAUUACUUACUGGAUAUCAUUGCCUCUUGUGUGAAUCUGGACAAAGCAGAAGUAGAAGAUGCUAUUCUUGAUGGAAACCAGAUAGAGCACAUAAACAGAUUCCUGGCCCCUGGAGGUCUGUGUCAUCUGAUGUUCUACUAUCAAGAUGUGGAAGUAAUGGAUACAGAGUACUUUGGCAUUCCAGGAAUAGGACUGAACUCUCAUUUGACCAAGAAGAAGAAACUGAAAGUAUUUGUAACAGAGGGAAAAGAAGUUGCUUUAACUGGUGUAUGCAUUUUCUUCAUUAGAUCUAGUUUUUCUAAACCAGUCACAACUGAGAAUAUUUAUCAAGAAGUAAAUUUUAAUAUGCUGGAUAUAGGUCGAGAUGGCUUAUUAAAAAGUGUUGAGCAGUUGAUAUCAGAAAUAUUCAUUCCAGCCUUACAGACUAUGGACAGUGGCUGGGUUGAACCUCAACAAGUUCCCAAUAUUAAGCAGGACUUCCUUCGUGCCCUUGAAGCAUUUGUUAGUGCCCUAUCAGGAACUCAGCAAAGUCUGUUGGAAAAGGUAGUAUGUUCAUGUGUUCUUGCAGAAAAUGACCAGUUGAGAAAAGAAGCAGAUGACCUUGGACCACGAGCAGAGCUUGAUUAUUGGAAAAAGAAAUUGUCAAAAUUCCACUACCUUAUGGAGCAGCUGAAGAGCCCAGAUGUGAAGGCAGUGCUUGGAGUACUCACUGCUGCUAAAUCCAAACUGCUGAAGAAGUGGCGAGCAUUGGAUAUUCAAAUCACAGACGCAGCAAAUGAAGCUAAAGAUAAUGUGAAAUAUCUGUAUUCUCUGGAAAAAUAUUAUGACCCAUUAUACAAUGGUGAUCCUGUAUCCAUGCUGGAUGCUAUUCCAGGGCUCAUAAAUGCAAUUAAAAUGAUUCAGAGUCUCUCUCAGUAUUAUAACACUUCUGAAAAGAUCUCCUCACUGUUUGUGAAGGUGACCAAUCAGAUGAUCACAGCGUGUAAAACUUAUAUAGCAAACAAUGGCACAGCCACCAUCUGGAAUCAACCGCAGGAGAGAGUUGUGGAAAAGCUACAAGCAGCUAUUAGACUUAAGCAGGAGUAUCAAAAUUGCUUCCACAAGAUAAAAGAGAAUUUGGAACAAAAUCCAGCUGAAAGACAAUUUGAUUUUAGUGAGAUAUAUAUAUUUGGAAAAUUUGAAGCCUUUCAUCGUCGUCUGGUAAAGAUAAUAGAUGUUUUCAGUACUAUGAGAACUUACUCAGUUCUACAGGAAUCUAAGAUAGAGGGAUUGGAAGCAAUGAUCACAAAAUAUCAGAGCAUUGUUGACAACAUGAAGAAUAAGCAUUAUGAUUUCUUGGAUCAGCGGAAGACUGAUUUUGACCAAGACUAUGAAGAGUUUUGCAGAGACAUAAAUGAUCUUCAUGAUCAAUUAAGGAGGUUCAUGGACAUCACCUUUGAAAGUAUUCUGAACACUGAAAGGGCACUGAGUAUGUUGCAGAAAUUUGAAAGAUUGCAAAUCCCAAAUCUUGGCAUUGAUGAAAAGUAUCAGAAAAUAUUUCAAAACUAUGGCCAUGACAUAGAAACCGUCUGUAAGAUCUACACUAGGCACAAGAAGGACCCUCCACUGGCUCGUAAUCUGCCCCCAAUAGCUGGCAAGAUCUUGUGGGCACGUCACUUAUUCCAUAGGAUCAAGGAGCCCAUGGUGACUUUCCAGAGACAUCCAUCAGUUCUACAAACACCAGAUGGCAAGAGCAUAAUCCACAAUUACAACAAAAUAGCAAAAGUUCUUGUGAAAUUUGAGGUGAUCUACCACAGGGAAUGGCUUCAGCAGAUUGAGUUAACUAAAAGAGGACUUCAAGCAACUCUCUUGGUAAAAGCUCCAGAAACGGGAGAAUUAUUUGUAAAUUUUGAUCCUCAAAUAUUAAUUUUAAUCAGAGAAAUAGAUUGCAUGGCUCAUAUGUGCCUUGAAAUUCCACCAUUUGCAAGUGUUAUUCAACAGCAGAGAGACUGGUACAAGAAGAUUGUCAACAAUUUGCACGUGAUGUUGGCAGAAUACAAAAGAAUUAAACUGAAAAUACAACACCCUUUUGAAAAACUCAUAGCUCCUCAAUUAGUAGAUGUAGAUAAUGCUAUCCAGCCAGGUCUAAUGUUGCUGAACUGGACAUCCCUAAAUAUUGAGAAAUACAUUAAUACAGUUUUUUCUAAGCUAGCUGGGCUGGAGUUAUUGCUUGAUCGAGUGAAUGACUUGGUUGAAUUUCGUAUUGAUGCUGUCCUUCAAGAAAUGAGUGAAGUGACACUCUGUAUGUUGCCAGAAGAUGAACCACAGAGCUGUGAGGAAUUUCUUCAAAAGACUAAGCAGCUCUGCAUAAAAGGAUCUAGGACUUUACACUUACAAAGCUCACUGGUGGAGGCCGCUGUUAAUGAUCUGAUAAACAUGUUACUUGACACCAAGGAACAAUUCAGUAAAGAAGAUGAGAAGUCAAUUGUACCCAGUGGUGAAAAAAGGGCCAAGAAUACAGCAAAAGAAGAGGAAAGAAGAUCAAAAAGCUUGACUUCCUCACAAAAUUCCGGUCAAAUGUGGGCUGGCCUACCUUCUACAGCAAAGAGCAAGAGAAUGGAUUUAGAAAAGUUAGAGGAAGAAGCCAAUGAACUGCUUUCUUACUUCAAUGAUCGUAACAUUGAUACCCUCUUGAAAGUCACUCGACACACUCUGGAGACUAUCCGCAAGCGCAUUCAUGCAUCUUCCACCAUCAACUUCUUAGAAAAUCACAGUAUGUCUAAGCAGAAAAAAUGUGCUUAUCCUAUAAUUAGGACUAAUAUUAACCUAUCUAUACCUAAUAUCAUCAUGACACCCUCUUUGGAUGAGGUACAGCAGACGCUUAAUAAAGCUGUAGAUAGUAUUGUGAAAGUAAUGAAAGGAGUUCAACAUUGGAGUAAGGAGAGAAUAUCCAAGGAGAAAGUGUUAGAGAGAAAAGUUUUUCUGUUGCACACUGGGAGCAGAGACAGUGAUUCUGAUGAUGGAAUGAAAGAGACUGGAAAGAAAAACUGCCAUGAUAGUGUAUCAGAUGCAGCAUCACUCAGUUCAUCUGAUGCAGUGCAAAGCCAGAGCUACUUCAAGAAUGUUUCAGAGAAUAAAGAAAUUAUUAAAUUAGUAUCUUUACUCAGCAGUGCCAUAAAUUCUACAAAAGGGGAAGUUCUUACAGCUUUGGAGAGGUUUAGUUGUUACCACCAUAUAUGGCAGAGAGACAAGGAGGAAACCAUUGAUAAAUUCAUGGUGGGAAACCCAUUGCUCUAUGAGUUUGAAUCUGAAAUUCUGCAUUUCCAAGACCUGGACCUGAAAAUUAAUUCUGAGCCUGAAUACGUCUGCGUGGGAGCUAUUGCACUGUACACUGCUGAUCUGAAGCUAGCACUUAGAUCAGAAACUAAAGCUUGGAUGACAUUGCUGGGGUGUCAUUGCAAUAAGAAGUACAGAACACAGAUGGAAGCUAUUUUGACUUUUAUAGAGGAAACUGGCAAGAAAUUAAAUCGCAGCAUUACAGACCUGGAUGACAUCAGAAUAGCCAUGUCAGCUUUAAAAGAGAUCAGAGAACUACAGAUCUCUAUUGACUCCCAAAUUGGCCCCAUUGAGGAAUCCUAUGCUAUGUUGAGCAAAUAUGAUCUACUUGUUGCCAAGGAAGAGACAGAGAAGGUGGACACAUUGCACUACACUUGGGAAAAACUGCUAAUCCGUGCAAAUGAAGUGCAGGAUGAGCUUGUUGCUUUGCAGCCGAACUUCAGAGGAGAGCUUAUUAGUGCUGUGAAGAAUUUUACUGAAGACUGUGCACAGUUCUACUCAGAUUAUGAUCAGAAUGGGCCAAUGGUGCUUGGUUUAACACCUCAGGAAGCCAGUGACAGGCUUACUAUAUUCCAGAAUCGAUGUGAUAAUCUCUUUCGGAAAUACAUUACCUGUACAGGUGGAGAAGAUCUUUUUGGUUUGCCAGUUACUCGAUGUCCUCACCUGCUUGAAAUAAAGAAGCAGCUGAAUCUGUUGCAGAAACUCUAUAAUCUAUAUAACAGUGUCAUUGACACAAUCAGUGGCUACUAUGAUAUUCUUUGGUUGGAAUUAGACAUUGAAAAAAUUAAUAGUGAACUUAUGGAAUUUCAGAACAGGUGCUGUAAACUCCCUUGUGCUGUAAAGGAAUGGCAGCCUUUUCUUGACCUACUGAAGACCAUAGAGGACUUCAGUGACUGUUGCCCAUUGCUUGAGAACAUGUCAAGUAAAGCAAUGAUGCCUCGUCACUGGAACCAGAUUAUGGAUCUCACUGAACACAGAUUUGAUGUGGAGAGUGAAACAUUCAAACUGAGGAAUAUAAUGGAAGCUCCAUUACUAAGAUAUAAAGAGGAAAUAGAGGAUAUCUGCCUAAGUGCUGUGAAGGAGAGAGACAUCGAGCAGAAGUUAAAACAAGUGAUAGCUGAAUGGGAUAACAAGAUGUUUGUCUUUGCAAACUUUAAAACUCGUGGGGAGCUUCUUUUAAGAGGUGACAGCACAUCAGAAACGAUUGCUGCGCUGGAGGACAGCUUGAUGAUUCUUGGUUCUCUCAUGAAUAACAGAUACAAUACACCAUUCAAGACACAGAUUCAGAAAUGGGUGCACUGUCUUUCCAACACAACGUAUAUAAUUGAGAACUGGCUGACUGUGCAGAACUUGUGGAUUUAUUUAGAAGCUGUUUUUAUUGGUGGUGAUAUAGCAAGACAGCUUCCAAAGGAAGCAAAGUGUUUCUCUAACAUUGAUAAAUCCUGGGUGAGAAUCAUGACCCGAGCUCAUGAAACACCUAAUGUUGUUCAGUGCUGUGUUGGAGAUGAGAUAAUGGGACAGUUAUUGCCACAUUUACUGCAACAGCUUGAAAUCUGUCAGAAAUCACUCACAGGGUACCUGGAGAAAAAGCGCCUGCUAUUUCCACGAUUCUUCUUUGUGUCAGAUCCUGCUCUCUUAGAAAUUCUUGGUCAGGCAUCCAACUCUCACAAUAUCCAGGCACAUCUGCUGAAUGUGUUUGACAACAUUAAAAACGUCAAGUUCCAUGAAAGGAUAUAUGAUCGUAUAUUGUCAUUCAGUUCACGAGAGGGUGAGACUGUAGAGCUGACUAGACCUGUAAUGGCUGAAGGUAAUGUGGAAGUAUGGCUCAGUUCUCUGUUGAAGGAAUCCCAGCUAUCCCUUCAUCAAGUUAUUCGCCAAGCAGCUAUGGACAUCCAGGAAACAAGUUUUGAGAUUACUGAAUUUCUUUCUACUUAUCCAGCCCAGGUUGGGUUAUUGGGGAUCCAAAUGAUUUGGACAAGAGACUCAGAAGAAGCUUUGACUCUUGCCAAGCAGGAUAAAAAAGUUAUGCGUAAGACAAACCAGUUUUUCCUGGAUCUUCUGAACAUGUUGAUAGAUAUGGCAACAAAAGAUCUUAGUCCAUUUGAGCGAGUUAAAUAUGAGACAUUAAUCACUAUUCAUGUGCAUCAGAGGGACAUUUUUGAUGGUCUUUGCUGCAUGCAUAUCAAGAGCCCUACGGACUUUGAAUGGCUGAAACAAUGUAGAUUUUAUUUUAAUGAAGACUCUGAUAAAAUGGUGGUUAAGAUCACUGAUGUGAGCUUUACAUACCAGAAUGAAUUCUUGGGCUGUACUGACAGGCUUGUCAUAACACCUCUUACAGACAGAUGUUACAUCACUUUGGCUCAAGCUUUGGGCAUGAACAUGGGUGGAGCACCUGUGGGACCUGCAGGAACAGGAAAAACUGAAACUGUGAAAGAUAUGGGAAGGUGCCUUGGAAAAUAUGUAGUGGUCUUCAACUGUUCAGACCAGAUGGAUUUCCGAGGACUUGGGAGGAUCUUCAAAGGUCUUGCUCAAUCUGGCUCCUGGGGUUGCUUUGAUGAAUUCAAUCGUAUUGAUUUAUCAGUGCUAUCAGUAGCUGCACAACAAAUAGCAAUUGUGUUGACAUGUAAGAAGAAACGCAAAAAAAGGUUUAUUUUUACUGAUGGAGACAAUGUAGAAAUGAACCCAGAAUUUGGCAUCUUUCUUACUAUGAAUCCAGGAUAUGCUGGGCGGCAAGAACUUCCUGAAAACUUGAAGAUCAAUUUCCGUUCAGUGGCUAUGAUGGUUCCUGAUCGUCAGAUCAUAAUUCGUGUUAAAUUGGCUAGUUGUGGUUUCAUUGCUAAUGUUGUGUUGGCAAGGAAAUUCUUUACACUGUACAAGUUGUGUGAAGAACAGCUGUCCAAGCAGGUGCAUUAUGAUUUUGGCUUGCGGAAUAUAUUGUCUGUGCUGCGUACACUGGGAGCAGCAAAAAGAGCAAAUCCUACAGAUACUGAAUCUACCAUUGUCAUGCGUGUUCUGAGAGAUAUGAACCUGUCUAAACUAAUUGAUGAAGACGAACCCUUAUUUCUGAGUUUAAUUGAUGAUCUGUUUCCAGAUAUCCAGCUUGAUAAAGCAGGCUAUCCUGAACUUGAAGCAGCCAUUGACAAACAGGUGGAGGAAUCUGGCCUUGUUUGUCAUCCUCCUUGGAAACUGAAAGUUAUCCAGCUUUUUGAAACCCAGAGAGUAAGGCAUGGAUUGAUGACACUAGGACCUAGUGGUGCAGGAAAAACUACCUGCAUCCACACCUUAAUGAAAGCAAUGACAGAUUGUGGACAGCUACAUUGUGAAAUGAGAAUGAAUCCUAAAGCUAUAACUGCUCUCCAAAUGUUUGGACGCCUUGAUGUGGCAACAAAUGUUUGGACAGAUGGAAUAUUUUCAGCGUUUUGGAGAAAAACUUUAAGAGCAAAGAAAGGUGACCAUAUCUGGAUAGUUCUUGAUGGUCCAGUUGAUGCUAUUUGGAUUGAGAACCUUAAUUCUGUCCUGGAUGACAACAGGACUCUAACACUAGCUAACGGUGAUCGGAUACCUAUGGCGCCAAAUUGCAAAAUAGUCUUUGAGCCUCAUAAUAUUGAUAAUGCUUCUCCAGCAACAGUUUCAAGAAAUGGGAUGGUGUUCAUGAGCUCAUCAGUUCUCACUUGGAGUCCUAUUCUUGAGGGAUUUCUGAAAAAAUGUUCCUUCCAAGAGGCUGAAAUUCUACGUCAGCUGUAUUCUUCAUCGUUCCCAGACUUGUACCGCUUCAGCAUUCAGUCUCUGCAUUGCAAGACUGAGAUGCUGGAAGCCUUUGUGAUUAUGCAGAGCAUUAAUAUGCUGCAAGGCCUUAUCCCACCUAAGGAGCAAGGUGGGGAACUGACUCCAAAAUACUUGGAAAGGCUGUAUAUCUUCUCUCUCAUGUGGAGCAUAGGAGCAUUGCUAGAGCUGGAGGACAGGUGCAAAAUGGAAUACUGGCUUCGAAAACAUGCAACAGUAAAGCUUGAUCUUCCUUGUAUCCCAGAAGCUAGUGAAGAUACAAUGUUUGACUAUUAUGUGGCAUCUGAUGGUACAUGGAUGCACUGGAAUACACACGUUGAAGAGUAUGUAUAUCCCACUAGUGGUACCCCAGAGUAUGACUCAAUUCUUGUGCCUAAUGUUGACAAUGUGAGAAUGGAUUUCCUUAUUGGAACCAUAGCAAAACAGGGCAAGGCUGUCCUAUUAAUUGGUGAGCAAGGAACUGCGAAGACUGUUAUAAUCAAAGGUUUUAUGUCAAAAUAUAACUCUGAAAGGCACAUAACUAAGAGUUUGAAUUUUUCAUCUGCAACGACCCCGCUAAUUUUUCAGCGUACAAUAGAAAGUUAUGUGGAUAAGCACAUGGGCACAACUUAUGGUCCACCUGCAGGCAAAAAGAUGACAGUCUUCAUUGAUGAUGUGAACAUGCCCAUAAUCAAUGAAUGGGGAGAUCAGGUCACUAAUGAGAUAGUUAGGCAACUGAUGGAACAGAAAGGACUGUAUAACCUGGAAAAACCUGGGGAAUUUACCAACAUCAUGGACAUUCAGUUUUUGGCUGCCAUGAUCCACCCUGGGGGAGGUUGCAAUGAUAUUCCACAGAGGCUGAAGAGACAAUUUUCAGUGUUCAACUGUACUCUGCCUUCCAAUUCUUCCAUUGACAAAAUUUUUGGUGUAAUUGGAGAAGGACACUACUGUAGUGAGCGGGGAUUUUCAGAUGAUGUGAAGGAAACAGUAGCCAAACUGGUUCCAUUGACACGCAGGCUGUGGCAGAUUACCAAGCUAAAAAUGUUGCCCACACCAGCCAAGUUUCAUUAUGUCUUCAACCUUCGAGACCUCUCGAGGAUUUGGCAAGGAAUGCUGAAUGCUACAUCGGAAGUGAUCAGUGAACCGCAGAAUCUGUUUCUGGGUGGUGAAACUUCUAGAUAUCUUCACUUACUUACCCCCUCAUUGAACCUUUGUCAAUUAUUUAAACUGCUAAGGUUUUAUUGCUUGCUUUUUGUUCUAGAUGAGAAACCAGAGGAAGAUAAUUUAGAUAUUCCCAAAGUCUAUGAACCAAUCUCCUCAUUUCAUCAGCUACGGAAUCGUUUAAAUAAUUUUUUACAAACAUACAAUGAGAACGUUCGCGGUACUGGAAUGGACAUGGUUUUCUUUGAGGAUGCUAUGGUUCAUUUAGUCAAGAUUUCUCGUGUGAUUCGCACUCCUCGUGGACAUGCUCUCUUAGUUGGAGUUGGUGGCUCAGGAAAGCAGAGCUUGACAAGACUGACUUCCUUCAUAGCUGGGUAUGACACUUUCCAGAUAAUGUUGACAAGAUCAUACAACACUUUAAACUUGAUGGAAGAUCUGAAACUCUUAUACAGAACAGCAGGACUGCAAGGCAAAGGCACCUGUUUUCUUUUUACAGACAAUGAGAUCAAAGAUGAGUCUUUCUUAGAAUACUUGAACAAUGUUUUGUCAUCAGGGGAGGUGUCAAACUUAUUUGCACGUGAUGAGGUAGAUGAGAUCAUUAGUGACCUCAUUCCCUCCUUCAAAAAGGAGCAUCCACGAAGACCUCCAACCAGUGAAGCUCUGUAUGACUAUUUCAUGGCCAGAGUCCAUCAGAACCUUCACGUAGUUCUUUGCUUUUCACCAGUAGGUGAAAAAUUCCGAAAUAGGGCCCUGAAGUUCCCUGCUCUCAUUUCUGGAUGCACUAUAGAUUGGUUCAGCCGAUGGCCUAAGGAUGCUCUGGUGGCAGUGUCUGAACACUUCUUGUCCUCAUUUGAUAUGGACUGCACUGCUGAUACAAAGAUGGAAAUUGUGCAGUGUAUGGGCUCAUUCCAGGAUGGAGUGGCAGAAAAAUGUUCUGAUUACUUUCAAAGAUACAGACAUUCUACACAUGUGACUCCCAAAUCCUACCUGACUUUUAUUCAGGGAUAUAAAACCACCUACAAAGAAAAGCAUGCUGAAGUCCAAAUAUUAUCAAACAGAAUAAAUACUGGUCUGGAAAAAUUGAAAGAGGCCUCUGAGUCAGUGGCUGCUCUAAGCAGAGAACUGGAGGUAAAAGAAAAGGAACUUCAAAUUGCCAAUGAAAAAUCUGACAUGGUAUUGAAAGAAGUUACUGUAAAAACACAGGCUGCUGAGAAUGUGAAGGGUGAUGUUCAGAAAGUGAAAGACAAAGCCCAAGCUAUUGUAGACAGUAUCACAGUUGACAAAGCCAUUGCUGAAGAGAAGUUGGAAGCUGCCAAACCUGCUUUGGAAGAGGCAGAGGCAGCCUUACAGACAAUAAAACCUGCAGAUAUUGCCACAGUGCGCACACUGGGUCGACCUCCUCACCUCAUCAUGCGUAUUAUGGACUGCGUGCUGCUGCUCUUCCAGCGUAAAGUCAACCCAGUGAAAAUUGAUCAGGAAAAACGCUGUACUGUCCCAUCGUGGCAAGAAUCGCUGAAGCUGAUGACAACAGGGAACUUCUUACAGAGUCUACAGCAAUUUCAGAAAGACACAAUUAAUGAAGAAGUGGUAGAACUUUUGAGCCCUUAUUUUGAAAUGGUGGACUACAACAUUGAGACAGCUAAGAGAGUAUGUGGAAAUGUUGCUGGCCUUUGCUCAUGGACGAAAGCUAUGGCAGUAUUUUUUUCCAUCAACAAAGAAGUAUUACCUUUGAAGGCUAAUUUAGCAAUUCAAGAGAAACGCCUAACCAGUGCUAUGCUGGAUCUGCAGAAAGCUCAAGAAGAACUGGGAGCUAAGCAAGAAGAAUUAUAUAUUGUGCAGGCAGAGUAUGAAAAUGCAAUGAGAGAAAAACAGACUCUGCUGGAAGAUGCUGAGCGUUGCCGACAUAAAAUGCAAACUGCCUCAAGUCUUAUAAGUGGUUUAGCAGGUGAAAAAGAGAGGUGGACAGAACAGAGUAAAGAAUUUGCCAUGCAAACCAAGAGGUUAGUUGGUGAUGUACUCUUGGCUACAGCUUUUCUGUCCUAUUCUGGUCCUUUUAACCAAGAGUUCCGCAGUUUGCUGUUAAAUGACUGGCAAAAGGAAAUGAAAAGCCGAAAAAUUCCUUUCCGUAACAACUUGAACCUCAUAGAAAUGUUGACUGAUGCUCCAACUAUCAGUGAAUGGAACCUGCAAGGAUUGCCAAAUGAUGACUUAUCCAUACAGAAUGGAAUCAUUGUCACUAAAGCAUCUCGUUAUCCUUUGUUAAUUGAUCCACAAACACAGGGUAAAAUUUGGAUUAAAAAUAAGGAAGGCAGAAAUGACCUUCAGAUCACUUCUUUGAAUCACAAGUAUUUUAGAAACCACUUAGAAGACAGCCUUUCUUUGGGAAGACCUCUUUUAGUAGAAGAUAUUGGAGAAGAGCUGGACCCAGCACUUGAUAACAUUUUGGAAAGAAACAUCAUUAAAAUAGGUUCAGCCAACAAGGUAAAAGUUGGUGAUAAGGAAGUGGAUGUUAUGAAUGGCUUCAAGCUUUACAUUACUACAAAACUGCCAAAUCCUUGUUACUCUCCUGAAAUUAGUGCUCAAACCUCCAUCAUUGACUUUACUGUAACCAUGAAAGGUCUUGAAAAUCAGCUCUUAGGCAGAGUCAUUCUCACAGAGAAACAGGAAUUAGAGAAAGAAAGAACUGAUCUUAUUGAAGAUGUGACUAUGAACAAAAGGAGAAUUAAAGACCUAGAAGAUAACCUUUUAUUUCGACUUACAAGCACUAAGAGUUCUCUGGCAGAUGAUGAGACUCUAGUAAUUGUAUUGAGUAACACUAAGAAGACUGCUGAAGAAAUAACACAGAAACUGCAAACUUCUGCUGAAACUGAAGUACAGAUCAAUUCAGCCCGCGAAGAGUACAGACCUGUUGCAACACGAGGUAGCAUCUUGUACUUCCUUAUCACUGAGAUGAGCAUGGUCAAUGUCAUGUAUCAGACAUCACUUCGACAGUUUUUGGGGCUUUUUGACCGCUCCCUAGCCAGGUCUACCAAGAGCCCUAUAACCAGCAAGAGGGUUACCAAUAUUAUUGAAUAUAUGACAUAUGAAGUAUUCAAACAUACUGCCCGAGGGCUCUAUGAGGAACAUAAAUUUCUUUUCACAUUACUUCUUACUUUGAAGAUUGAUAUACAAAGAAACAGAGUGAAACAUGAAGAAUUUCUGACACUUAUUAAAGGUGGUGCUUCCCUAGACCUUAAAGUUUGUCCUCCUAAGCCAGCUAAAUGGAUUCUGGAUAUGACUUGGUUGAACUUGGUGGAGCUCAGUAAGCUUGAGCAGUUUUCAGAUAUUCUUGAUCAAAUUUCCAGAGAAGAGAAACAGUGGAAAAUCUGGUUUGAUAGUAAGAAUCCUGAAGAAGAAUCGGUUCCUAGUGGCUAUGGUCAAUCUCUGGACUGCUUCAGACAUCUUCUUCUUAUCAGAUCUUGGUGUCCUGACAGGACCAUAGCUCAGGCAAGAAAAUAUAUCACUGACACUAUGGGGGAGAAAUACGCAGAGGGAGUCAUCUUGGACUUGGAGAAAACAUGGGAAGAGUCAGAUCCACGUACUCCCCUCAUAUGCUUUCUUUCCAUGGGCUCUGAUCCUACGGACUCAAUUAUUGCUUUGGGAAAAAGACUAAAGAUAGAAACAUAUUGUGUUUCCAUGGGCCAGGGGCAAGGAAUCCAUGCUCGUAAACUUCUACAGCAGACAAUGGCUCAUGGAGGUUGGGCGCUUCUGCAAAACUGCCACCUUGGACUUGACUUUCUGCAUGAGUUAAUGGACACAGUAAUAGAGACAGAGAAUGUUCAUGAAAGCUUUAGACUUUGGAUUACAACUGACAUUCACAAACAAUUCCCCAUCACCCUUCUUCAAAUGUCGAUUAAGUUUACCAAUGAACCACCACAAGGGCUCAGAGCUGGACUAAAGAGAACAUAUAGUGGUGUCAACCAGGAUUUAUUAGAUGCCAGUAAAAUGGUGCAAUGGAAACCACUGUUGUAUGCUGUAGCCUUUCUGCACUCCACCAUUCAAGAAAGAUGCAAAUUUGGGUCUCUGGGUUGGAAUAUUCCCUAUGAGUUUAAUCAAGCUGAUUUCAAUGCUGCUGUGCAGUUCGUUCAAAACCACUUGAAUCGCAUGGAUACCAAGAAGGGGAUCUGCUGGAGUACUGUUCGUUACAUGAUAGGUGAGAUCCAGUAUGGUGGUCGUGUGACAGAUGACUUUGACAAAAGACUCAUGAACACCUUUGUAAAGAUUUGGUUCAGUGAAAACACAUUCAGUCAGGAAUUCAGUUUCUACAAAGGAUACAGCAUACCCAGAUGUACUAUGGUGGAUCAAUACCUUCAGUACAUACAGAGCCUUCCUGCUUAUGACACACCAGAGGUGUUUGGUUUGCACCCCAAUGCGGAUAUCACCUACCAAACUAAAGUUUCCAGAGAUGUAUUGGACACCAUCCUCAGUAUUCAGCCUAAAGAUAGCUCUGGUGGAGGAGGUGAAACUCGGGAGGCAGUUGUAGCCACAGUGGCUGAUGAUAUGCUGGAAAAACUUCCUGCUGAUUAUGUACCAUUUGAAGUAAAAGAAAAACUAAAGAAUAUGGGACCUUUUCAACCUAUGCACAUAUUUUUGCAACAGGAGAUUGAACAAAUGCAGAGAGUUAUUUCUUUAGUGAGAAGCACUCUGACUGAUCUAAAACUUGCCAUUGAUGGGACAAUAGUUAUGAGUGAAAAUCUGAGGGAUGCUUUAGACUGCAUGUAUGAUGGAAGGAUUCCUGCUAGCUGGGAAAAGGCAUCUUGGCCUUCCAGUACACUUGGUUUCUGGUUUACUGAGCUUCUAGAACGAAACCACCAGUUUUACAAGUGGAUUUUUGAAAGUCGACCGAACUGUUUCUGGAUGACAGGGUUUUUUAAUCCCCAAGGAUUUUUAACUGCAGUGAGACAGGAAAUAACGAGAGCCAACAAAGGAUGGGCUCUUGACAGUGUAGUGCUGUGCAAUGAAGUCACUAAAUGGAUGAAGGAUGAUAUCACAAGCCCUCCUUCAGAAGGUGUCUAUGUGUAUGGGCUGUAUUUAGAAGGAGCUGGUUGGGACAGAAGAAACAUGAGACUGGCAGAAUCUAAGCCCAAGGUGCUUUUUGAGCUUAUGCCAGUUAUAAGGAUAUAUGCAGAGAAUAACACUGCAAAAGAUCCACGUCUGUAUUCAUGUCCGGUCUACAAAAAGAGCAGUCGAACAGAUCUUAAUUACAUUGCUGCUAUGGAUCUUAAAACCCGUCAGCCUCCAGAGCACUGGGUACUCCGUGGAGUAGCACUUCUGUGUGAUGUCAAGUAAUGUUAAAAAAAAAAAAAAGGUUUAUUUUCUGAUUUUAAAUGCAAACAUUUUUAUGUAGUUAGAUACAAAGUGAAGCCCUUCUAAAAAUAUUAUUUUGAAAUCAUAGACUGCAUUAUGGUGUUUUCAUAAAAUUAUUCUCAAUAAACUUAUACAAUAGGCUUAUAAAUGGCACAUCUUAGAGUGACAUUAACUUUUGUGUCUUUGAAAAAUCAUGACAAAUAUUUAGUGCUCCUAUCACUUAUGUGUGCAUAAGCCCUCCUCCUGUGUGCUUAAUUUUACCUUGAAUAAAGAUUAGUUGAUUUGAACAUUGGUACUUUUUGCUAGUAACAUUCUUGUAUCAGGACUGACCUUCAAGAGGCUAAAUUGAAAGCUGGGAUUUGUUUUUUUGUUUGUUUGUUUUGGUUUUUUGGUUUUGGUUUUUUUGUGUGUGUGUGUGUAUCUGUGGAAAACUAAGCCCUAUUUCUGAUUCAUAUUAGUUAAAAUUCCUCAAGAUUAUGUUCCAAGAUUUAUUUCCUAGAUGAUAAUUUGCUUGCUGUCUAAAUAAAGAAGGUAAGGCUGGGAAAA